GUGGGAGCGUGUUAAACAUGUAAUGCUGAUGUUACUUUAAGGCUGUGUUUUAAUCCUAUGUAACAUUACUGUCAUGGUUUAAGGUAAAGUGUAAGGGCACAGAACACCUCUGCUCGUGCAACAAAGAAUGCCGCUGUGCCCAUGUGGACAUGCAGCUGUACCGGUGGCCAGAUUACAAGACACAGCUUCUCAGAGAGCUGCAGAGACAACAAAACAAUGCCCAAUUCUGUGAUACCCUGUUGCAAACUGAGGGUAUCUCAGUCCCAACCCACAGUUGCAUUCUUGCGGCUCUCAGUCCCUACUUGUCUCAGAAGAUUUCAGCCUCCCCGCUGCCUCCAUCGGGCCAGAAGCGCCAGCUCCAGCUCCAGGCUGUGAAGGCCCAGACCCUGCUGAAGCUUGUUGGUCUUCUGUACUCUGGGGAGCUGGCGGUAGAAGGAAGCGCAGAGCAGAAUGAUGUGCUGUCUGCAGCCCGCCAGUUUGGAAUCACAGACCUUGUUGAAGGACAGAAAGAUGGGGUUGGGAAGGAGGGAGAACUCCAGAAAAGAAAUUUUGGGAGUUGCAGAGAGAGGUCUGAAAGUAGAAAAAUGCAGGAUGCACAAAUUCAGGCUGAAAUGGCUGGAAUGAGAGAGAGAGAUUUCCCAACUGAAAAGCGAAGGUGUGUAUCCAUAGGCACACAGACUGUUAAAACUGUUGAAAAGACAGUGGGCGGUUAUUUUACUUCCAUCUCAUUGCAAUCCCAAAACAUCACACUUGAUAAAUAUAUUAGCUCCACUCCUCCACCUACUUCCAGUAAGCCCAGUGGAAUGUGCAGUGAUGGAGAAACUACAUUAGAUCGAUCCUGUGACAGUGUAACAAAUCCCACAUCAAUUCCAUCUUCGUCCAGCAACGUGAAGACUCUCCCUAUUCCCCCUAAUGAUGGCUCAGACUCUCCAACACCUCAGGAAGACAGCGCCAACCAGCGGUCAUCUGGGUCCGGGGACAGCUUACAGGUGUCGGCUGAGGAUGUGACAGGAUUGGAGGAUGGAAAAUCAAAUGGCAAUGGCAGUGAAAAUACAGAGUGGCCAAGCCACAGCAACAGAGAUGAGAUGCUAGGAGAAGAAAGGGGAAACUUAACAGAGAGGAGGUGUGUACAUGUAGGGAUAAAGAACCUGGCCAAGAUGAAACAGAGGCAGCAGAUGAUGGACACCACACAGUUUUCUGUCAAGGUGAAGCUGAAGAGGAGGACCAAAGGAGAAGAGUGGGAGGUUGUGAGCAUGAAAGACAAAGAUGACAUGUUGUCAGUUCUUACCGCCCGGAAACAGGAUGACUCCAACCACAAAAGGCCACAGGCGGACCUUACAGACAGCAAAGCCCCUCCCUCCUCUGUCCAGCCAUGCUCAAUUCAUAAACCAGAGACCUUGAUUGUUCAACCUGCUGCCACCAACCCCCCUGAACCAUCUUCUCACCCCAACGCCACCUCUGACUUCCAGCUCCUCUCUAGUGAUUGCCUCGCCCCAAACCAAAAUGAUGGCUUAGUGUCAGUUACUCAGCCUCCAGGCCCUGUGGAGGAGUGUGAUGAGCAGAUAGAGAAGCUGUUGGAGGACAUCAUGAUGGGUCUGAACAUCCUGCCAAACUUGGAGAGGGACUGCAAGAAGUCUCAUUAUCCACAGCCGAACCAUGAUGAAGCACUGGCUGUUUGCCAGGUCCCAGCUACAGAGAAUGAGAGGCUGCAGAGUCGCAUGCAUGCUGCUGUCAGCGCAGCAGAGAUUGUGUAUGACCAAGAUUUUGGGACACAAAUUGGUCACUCAUCAACAGAUACAGCUCAGAACCAGCCCAGCUGCUCAGGCCUUUCAUCUGUACAGCCAGAUGCUGUGCUAAUCCAGCAGCAGCAGCAGCAGCAACAGCAGCAGCAGCAGCAACAGCAACAGCAGCCCUCUCCUCAGUAUCACUCAUCUGUCACAUCCAUGGAACAAAGAGAUGAACCGAGUCACCCGGGCAUACCUCUGUCUAAAAGAACUGUUUUCACAGGACAGUCAGAGCAUCCUACAGUUUUUACCCCUGACAAAUGA